AGACGAAAGGCACUCGCAGGCUGAGACACACGGGCGCUGGAAUUCCACUAGGGGAAAACGAAAAAAAAAAAAAAAAAAAAAGAGAAAAAGAAAAAGAAAAAGUGAACCGAGCCAGGGUGAGCGGGAGAAUAUAUAUUUAUAUAUAUUUUUGAAUUUUCUCUUCGUUUUGGUGCCAAAGAAGCGACUCUGGUUUCCUGUCCUCGAAGCUCCGACUGGAUUGCUCCUGGGCGCUCACGCCCGUCGGUGGAUUGCAUUCCUAUUUCGCAUUUAUUCCGACCCCCCCCCCACUCUACUCCUCCUUUCCUGGCCGCUUCCUUCCAGCCCUUCACUCGCCCGUCGCCGCGCCCCCUCCUCCCCAAUCCCCUCCUGGGAAGCGCUGGGGAAUUGGACCCGCGGGGACUCGCGCCUUCCCGGAAGAGCCGAGGGCAGGGCUGACCUCGGCACCGGGCUGUUGGCUUAUAAGGCAGCCAGACUUAAAGCUACGUGGGUCUGAUUUCAGUGGGCCGAGGUGGUGGUUGGGGGUGUCGUCUAGAGGCAGCCCACCGCCCGCCUCCCACCCCACCCCACCCCCUCCAGCCAGCAGCGACGAUCCGAGGACUCGGGAGCUUCACCGGGAGGACGAGCGUGAUCUCCCGCAUUGGAUUUGGGGUUCCUUACCAUUGCUUGGCUGCUAUUCUUGUUUUAUUUCCUUCUUUUUAACCCAAGGGAGAAACAAGCAAGCAAGCAAACAAACAAACAUACAAAAUAACUGUGGGAUUUAUUUAACAUGAUCUUGGCAAACGCCUUCUGCCUCUUCUUCUUUUUAGACGAGACCCUCCGCUCUUUGGCCAGCCCUUCCUCCCCGCAGGGCCCCGAGCUCCACGGCUGGCGCCCCCCAGUGGACUGUGUCCGGGCCAAUGAGCUGUGCGCGGCCGAAUCCAACUGCAGCUCUCGCUACCGCACGCUCCGGCAGUGCCUGGCGGGCCGCGACCGCAACACCAUGCUGGCCAACAAGGAGUGCCAGGCGGCCCUGGAGGUCCUGCAGGAGAGCCCGCUGUAUGACUGCCGCUGCAAGCGGGGCAUGAAGAAGGAGCUGCAGUGCCUGCAGAUCUACUGGAGCAUCCACCUGGGCCUGACGGAGGGUGAGGAGUUCUACGAAGCCUCACCCUACGAGCCAGUGACCUCGCGCCUCUCCGACAUCUUCAGGCUCGCUUCAAUCUUCUCAGGGAUGGGGGCAGACCCGAUGGUCAGUGCCAAGAGCAACCACUGCCUGGACGCUGCCAAGGCCUGCAACCUGAACGACAACUGCAAGAAGCUUCGCUCCUCCUACAUCUCCAUCUGCAACCGCGAGAUCUCCCCCACCGAGCGCUGCAACCGCCGAAAGUGCCACAAGGCCCUUCGCCAGUUCUUCGACCGCGUGCCCAGCGAGUACACCUACCGCAUGCUCUUCUGCUCCUGCCAGGACCAGGCAUGCGCGGAGCGCCGCCGGCAGACCAUCCUGCCCAGCUGCUCCUACGAGGACAAGGAGAAGCCCAACUGCCUGGACCUGCGCACCCUGUGCCGGACCGACCACCUGUGCCGAUCCCGGCUGGCAGACUUCCAUGCCAACUGUCGAGCCUCCUACCGGACACUCACCAGCUGCCCUGCCGACAAUUACCAGGCGUGUCUGGGCUCCUACGCAGGCAUGAUUGGGUUUGACAUGACGCCCAACUACGUGGACUCCAGCCCCACCGGCAUUGUGGUGUCUCCCUGGUGCAGUUGUCGUGGUAGUGGGAACAUGGAGGAGGAGUGUGAGAAGUUCCUCAGGGACUUCACCGAGAACCCGUGCCUCCGGAAUGCCAUUCAGGCCUUUGGCAAUGGAACAGAUGUGAACGUGUCUCCCAAAGGCCCCAUAUUCCAGGCCACCCAAGUCCCUCGGGUGGAGAAGACUCCUUCUUUGCCAGAUGAUCUCAGCGAUAGCACCAGCCUGGGGACCAGUGUCAUCACCACCUGCACAUCUGUCCAGGAGCAAGGGUUGAAGGUCAACAACUCUAAAGAGUUAAGCUUGUGCUUCACAGAGCUCACGACAAACAUCAGCCCAGGGAGCAAAAAGGUAUUCAAACCUAACUCAGGCCCCAGCAGAGCCAGACCAUCGGCUGCCUUGACCGCGCUCCUCCUCCUGAUGCUGGCUUUGGCCUUGUAGGCCCUGGGAACCCAACACCAGAAAUCUACAGAUGAGAACUCCGCCUGACAAAAUGGAAACGCCCACAUCCCCCCCAACACCCCUUCCAAAAAAAAAUGUUGUUCCCACCUUGUCUCUGAACCUGUCUCCUCCCAGGUUUCUUCUCUGGAGAAGUUUUUCUAAACCAAACAGACAAGCAGAUGGGCAGCCUGAAGCCCCAGAGGUCCCCUCGUAAGGGACACCUAGUGCUAAGAAGGACGUAAUGCUCCAGAAACGCUCUUCACUUUCUCCACGUGUUUCCCGCUCUGCGCCCUUUUGAAGCAAGAGACCAAGAAGAGACACGGACUGGGGCCAGGACGAUUGCAGCAGCCUCCGGAGCUGCCCUCUUUGGGAGCCUGCCUGGGGGCUAGCAGAGGGCAUCAGUUAAGGGAGAAAGCAGGGUUGCCCUGGUGGUCCAGCAGGACCCCGUUAGCUCCUCCUCCUAACCUCAAAGAUGGAGGUAGUUUGGCUUUUCUCUUUGCCCGUAGGUGGCAGAUGGGCCUGCGCCUGGCUUGGGAAUCCCCGUGGCUGCGCUGGGCCCCUGUGACUGAAGCACCGAAGGGCUUGCGGUUCCUAGUGGGAAGCUCCUAGAGAGGCAGGAGGAGGCCUAGGUUAGUCACCAGCUCCAAGACGGGCUUUCCUCCCUGCUGCCAGGAAUUUUGAAGUCAAAGAGAAAUGAUGUGCUUUUUUUUCCUUGUGGGUCCAUUUGGCGGGUCUCCCUUGGGAAGAGGGGCCACUGAGUGGGGCAGAGGAGACCUCAGCUGGACGUGUGUCCACAACAUGCUGGUGGUCUCCUGGUUUGCCCCUUCUCUCUUUUCCCUCUCAUUUCUACUUCCUCUUUUCCUCAUUUCUGAGACAUAUGUCCACUGUCUGUACAUAAGGCGCCUCCUUUCUCAACGUAUGUGUAUAUACACCUCCAUAUACAUAUAUCCUGUGGUUUCCUCUUUCUUUCCUUUUUUUAAGAAACGAAACUAUGGAAAUAAUACCCUACAGAUGAGCGAAAAAUGUAUUAUUGUAAAGUUUAUUUUUUUUAAUAAUGUUGUCUAUAAUGGGAAGAAAGGCCUAGGGCCCCCUGAGCUCUGGUCCAUUUGAGCUGAUGGGGCUGUGGCCAGGGACUCCCGAUCCCAUUCACGCUUAACCAAGCUCCAAUAAACGUACUAGGAAGCGAGUCA